UUUCUUUUACUUGUUUUUCUGUUUCUUGAUUGGGGAUUUUAUUGUAUUUUGUGCUUUGCAUUUCUGUAUCUAAGUCAUGUAUUGGUCAAUGAGUUUUGACUUGUGGUCAAAAUGAGUAUGCUUUUUUUUUUCUUUAAUUUUUUCAAGAAUUGUGUAUGUUGAAUGUGUGAAAUGUAUUGUUCAUUCUCUAUGAGGGUCUAAAUUUAAAUACUAAGCAUUAUUUCCUGCUGCUCAUUUUCUUGGUUAUGGACAACCAAGAUUACAAAAUAACAACCCCAUCAGGGCAUGAGAAUCAUGGGCCAUAUUUGUGUCAUAAAUGCGGCUGGCCUUUUCCAAACCAACAUCCUAGUGCUAGACACAGAAGGGCACACAAGAAAGUCUGUGGAAAAAUCGAAGGAUAUAAACUUAGUGAAUCCGAAACAGCAGAUAAUUCUACCCAUUCAGCUGUUUCUGAUGACGAGCACCACUCAGAUGGAGAUCAUCGAACUCCAAGUCCUAAUGGUAAAAUGACAAGUGUGAAAUCAUAUCGAUCAGAGGAUGAAACUUACUCUGAUGCUGUCACCGAGUUCUCUGACAGCGGGAUUAGCCCUGGCAAGGAAGAGCGUCCGGGGAGUUUCAAAAAAAUUGAUGAUGAAUUAUUGAAGGCCGAUGCAACCGGAGGUAUCUCAGGAUCCUCAAAUGAUGCCGCUGAAGUAAAUGAUCCCGAGUCACUUGAAAGUGCAAUCGAUCAGCCAGUGGCAGAUAAAUCUUUGGGCACAAAGCUUGACAGCCCGAUCGACGCCAGGCCUAUUAAAUCCGAGAUCCCAGUGGAUGCUUCUCUGCAGGAGAUAAAUGCAAUUGAAUCUAUUGAAGCCAAACAAAUGCAGAUGUCUUCUGGCCAGCCAAAUGAUUUGAAGGGGAUAGAAGAUAUUAAUGCCGGUGAAGGUUUAGUUGAUGCUAUUGAGGCUUCUGUCGAAGUGUCUCAAUCAGUGGUAUCUGAUACAGAUGAAAAGACGUCAAAUAAUGAAAGUUAUGAGUCAAAGCCACAGGAGGUGGAGGGAAAAUUUUUUGGCCCUUCAACUGUGGAGUCUAAGUCACUUGAGGCAGAGGAACAAGCCACUGAUAAUGUUCCCAUUGAAUCCGAACUACAGCAUAAAGAGAGAGAAAAUCCCAGUUCUGCAGACUUGAAAUUGGACUUGUCUGAAGCUGAAGUUAAAUCUUUAGAUAUUGUGAAUGUAGAAAAGGAGCAUGAACAACUUGGUUGCUGCAUCAGAGGUGGUGGAAUCUCCACUCAACUUUCACCUAUUUUGGUGGAAUCAAAAGCUGAUUCUUCUAAUGAAAUAGACGGUGGUAGCCAAACAGAGCUUUCUGACUCAUCCAAAGCUGAGGAAGGGAGAGAAGAUGAUGUGCAUGUGCUGUCAUUGGCAAAAGAUUUACCUGCAUCAGACAACCCUGAACUGCUUAAAGACUUUAAAGACUUCAACAAGUUCAAAUCUAGUUUACCAUUGGAUCUAGGCUCUUCCGAAGGAAUUUGCUCUGCAAAAGAUGACGCUGUUGCUGCUUCCGUGGUGAGUACUUUAGAUGUUUCAGGGGAACAGGUUAGUGAUGAAAAGUUAGUGGUCAACGCAGAGGGUAAAACUGAUUCUAUUGGAUUAGCAUCCGAUCCAAAUACCUUCGAGUGCGGACUGUCGAGUAUUCUGAACUCUAAUGGCGUAAAAGAAUCUGAAGACUCUUCAAAGAACUCUCCUCCUUCAGUUACCCCAGCAGACCUCUCAGAUAUGAACACUGUUAUUUCAUCUGAAGCCAAGCAAACAACAAAAGUUGAUGAUCCUGUAAUUGAAAGAACCGAAGAAACAAGUUUGACCAUGGCAGAGGAGAACAAGGGUGAUCAGACAGAAAAUGAGCUUUUUGGAAACAAGGAAACAACCCUUGAAGACACUAUUUGUUUAUCUGAAGCUAAUCAAACUAUGGUCACUGUCGAAGGAAUUGACCGUGACGAACAUGAAAAGGUCAGAACUGAACACCCAAUUGUGUCUGGGAGUGAAACUGAGAAAGAAAGAACCGAGGAAAAGCUCGCAGGAGUUUCUGAAAGUGAUAAAACUAUCUGCCCGGUUGGAGGACAUCAUGACCGUGCUAUAACUACAGAUACGACUGUGCAUGAGAGCAGAGAUGAAAAUUUUCAUGAAGCCUCCGAAGAAAGCACAAUUAGCAACGAUGCUAAAGCAUUGGAGUCUGCCAGUGCAACUGGAUUGGAUUCCAAAAUAAUAAGUGAUAGUGAUGUGAAAGAGCAGGCUGGUUUGCUUGUCGAUUCUGAUUUGAACAGUCACGUUGUUGAGAACUCUGAUGCAGGAGAUGUCCUUAAGAGUGCCACUGGUAUCAUUUCAUCAGCCUCACAGAAUGAGGGUAAUGACAAGGUCAUAAAAUCUGCAGUGGAUACACCAAUGACAUCGAGCAGCAGAGCCGAUAGCCUGGAUGCCAACUGGGGUUCCGUGUCAGUUCUUUCUACCCAGUCCGAGUCGACAGCUGUUCCUGAUGCCGAAGCAACUGAUACUCGAGGACUCGAAAAAUCAGUGUGUGACUUGCAGAAACCAACUUCUGGAGCUGACAAGUCGGAUCUUUAUGAGCCUCCAUCUUUCAUGACAUUGGUUGAAUUCGGUGAAAGCGCUGACAAGAAGAAAGCUGGUGCAUCCGAGAUCGAAGCACAGAAAGCUGGAUGGUUCCCUUCUAUAACUAAUGUGGUGAAUGAAUCUCAAGGGAGAAAGAAGAAUGAGGAGAUAAUUGCAAAAGUAACAAACUGGAGCGGCACAACGAAGCAACACACUCCCUUGAAAAAUCUACUUGGUGAAGCCAGAUCUCCAAACGCAAAACUGGUGCCGAAGAAAGAUGAAACUGCCAGUACUAAGACGACGACAGUGAACUCGAUUCUGAGCUCAGAGGCACCAACUAAGGAGGCGGAGAAAGAAUGGAAUUCUCCAGCGAGGUAUCCAGUUGACAUCAAGAAGGAAAAGAGGAAGACGAAACCAUAUUGGGUACCAUUUGUUUGCUGCUCUUCAGUACAUCAAGAUGCGUAGUUUCUUUGUCGGCUAUAUAUAUAUUCUUCUCUCUUUUAGGCUGUGCGUUUGAACACCUUAUUAGACAAAAUGAUGGACUAUUCUUGUUUCUACAUGUAUAUUUGGAUGCAUAGGUUAUUGCUUUGGGCAUUCAGCUUUUGUUCAAAAGAUAUGGCCUUUCUUUA